AUGGUUGGUGGGUACAACCGCAAGCGUGUGAUGAUGGUGAUGAUUCACCCCAUAUGUAACUCUAUAUCGCGGAACCAAAAGAAGCCCUCCGAGAGCCUCAGCAGUUUGGCCAAUGCUACGGUGCCGUGUAUUGCACAAGUCAUGGAGAGUGUUGCCACGCGGCAGCUUUGGACCUCUCUCCCUCUUCCUUCCCCCACCGCGCCGCCACUCUUCCGCCACCGGCUUGCCCUCCUCGAGCUCCACCCCGUGGCGCGGACCACGAAGCUCGCGGCGGAGGUCGAGGACGCGGCGCGGCCCCCUCCUCCUGCCCAGCAGCGCGCGGAGGGAGCAGCUGCGGCCCGCCUCGGUUCAUCCGCCUCGCCGGCCGGCAGCUUCUCUCCCGCGGCGGUCCAGCCUGGAGGCGAGGCGGCGGCAGCAUCAGGCCCGAGGAGCCCGCGAUCCCCACGCCCCUGCGGCAGCGGCCUCCUCGAUGCGCAGGGCGCAUGUCAUCCAUGGCCGCUGCGUGCGGGGGCUGCCUGUGUGUACGGUGCGGGAGUAGGAGGACGCGCCGUCGAGCCUGCGCAGCCGUGCGGGAGCUCGGGACGUCCCCUGACGAGUGACGAGGCCAUUCUGCCCCGUUUCCGCUGCUCACAGCCUCCACUGAAGGAGACGAAAACUGCAGGAGCCAGGAAUACCUUGCUUUUUGGGAUUCAUGUUCGUCAUUAUCAUGUUGUUUCCUGCAAGACAGCCGAGCAAAAAGCCGUAGAUAUAAUACGGGCAUGUAGAAUUCCAAUCAGAACAAAGCCAGGCCGCUUUGACAAAGAUGACACGACCGACGUCUCCAGCGGCGUCAUGGGCGAGUUCCCACAAUGCCCUACCAUGUCUACGUUGAGUUCCUGCCGCGCCGUUUGACGGUUGCAAACAAAUUAGUUGACAUGCAGAAUGAACUCAGAUAAGUCUCAGACCUGUUUUUCAAACAAUCCUUCAAUUUCUUUUCAAUUUGUAAACAUCUCAUUCCUCUGUGCAGCAACUCCAUGAAUUAGCUUUCCUGCACUGCAGAAAUUUUAUGUCUUACUAAUUUUAUCAUCAUGUUUCCUUAGGCAACUAUAUUAUUGGAAUUAGCAACAACCUUUAGCUACCUUUAUAACAAUGUUCAUGAUGCAUCAGAAUGAGCAUGGAUCAGCCAUACUGAAUUAUGUUGUUCUUCUUAAAGGGAAAUUGUGGAUUAAAGACAUUGAAUGAAGUUUUUUUAUUAAUUUUUUAAAAAUAAAUCACUAUACACCUGUACAUUGGUAAACUAUUCCAACAGGCCUCUGCCCUCAUCUUGGUAUAAAAGGUCAUUAUUGCUUAACAAAUUGAUCUAACAUCUAUAGGAUUUGAAAGUGUGUGAUUUUUAUCAAAUGAAAGGAAAAGAUAAAAAACAAGAGGAAAAAUAUGUUGAGCACUGACUGAAUCGUUUCAUGAAUCAAAUCCCGCCUAUUAAAUUUAGUUGAUUUCUUCGAACCUUGGUACAAUAUAACUCUCACCUUGGUAUACUAGAGCCUUAUUAGCCAAGGUUGGUUUUUCUUUUUAUACAAGGCUGGUUGAGGGAAUAUAGCUUUUCCUUGCUACUACUGAUUUUUUACCCCAAAGUAGGGUCACAUUUAAAUUUUUUUACAGUGUUUAAGAUUUCGAUUUCUUUUCCAACUUAGGGGAACAAAGAUUGCCUGAUUUUGAGAUGAUUAUGGAUUCAUAAAGCUGUUUCUAAGCUGAUCCUUUUUAGCUACGCCCUUAGAUUGAUUUCACAUGUUUGUUUACAUGUCUCAACCAAAUCUCAGUGCAUUGUUUGCAUACAUAUGCACCAUUUUCUAUUUUUUUGUCACAUUAUUUUCUAUUGCAUGCAUGCUUAGCCAUGGUGUGGUUUCCAUUUUUUUUUUGUUUACUGCAUAAGGAUAUUGAUGUUCACAUUAGCAUUCGUGGACCCUAACAAGAGGUACAGAUUUCUUUAUGUGGUGUUUGCCACAGAUAUACAUUAGUGAAUACAGUUCUCUUAACACUCCUAUAGGUCUGUCAAAAGAAGACUAUCUCUUAUUAUAUAAAAAAAGAAGAAGCCUAUGUCCAAUAUAAUUGAUUCAAAUUGAACACUUAUUUACUCAUAUGUUAUUAUCACUUACUAUAUUGUGGUUUGUUAAAAUUAGUUUACUAUUUGUUCUUUUGCUUGGCAUUUGCUUAUUGUACGCUGGCCGUCUCCUUUUCAUUGAUUGGUCUUUCUGGUGUAUAGUGUGGCAUGUUCUUUGUGUGUGCGGCUACUUUAGUAGUGUAGCACGUGUGGUCAGGCGUAGAGCCUUUAUUUGAUCAGAUUUGUUGUCAGGAUAUCCUUCAAUAUGCAUGCACAAUACUCUUUGCUGGUCUUUAUUUCUUGAUCGUUAGUAAAAGCCUAUCGAUUUUGAGAGAUCUUGAUGUGUACCAUUUUCCACUUUUUGUUUUUAGAGCCUUGCACUAUAUCUCCACCUUUGUAGUAGGCACAUGUUCUUACUUGAGUCACUUUUAAUGAUGUCAGAAUUGAUGCAGAUGGCCUCCUCUUCUGCUAAUGAAUCUAAAUCCUCUCUUAUAUCAUUAGCAUAGUACUUCAAUUGUGACUUGGUGAUGCAGGGACCAAAUCAUUUCAUUUUUUGAUGAUGAUAACUCUAUUGUGGCUUGGUGAUGCAGCCACCAAAUCAUUUCAUUUCCUGAUGAUGAGAAGUCAACUGCAUGUAUUUUGGGAACCACAUAAGAACUAGGUCUUUGCCAACAAAGCAUCCUUUCAUUUUACCUGUAUCGUCGCCAACGCCAAGAUGAGAUGACACUACUGUUAUUUGUAUAUAUAACCGAGUGUUGUAAAGUUUAAUUAUGUUUUUCUAUUCAAGUCAAUCAUAUUAUAUAGUUGACUUCUAUAUAUGUACUGAUAUACAAUACUACAAUAUAGCAUAUUGUGUGUAGCUGACUUUUAUACAUAUACAUUUUAAUUA